AUGUCGCGAGCUUCCAAAAUGACAUUGGCGCUUACCGGUCUUGGUACUGCGAGCAUUGUUUACUUUGUGCACUGGUCUCAGGAACAAGAGAAAGCGCAAAUGCACAAGGGUGUUGAGCGGGACAUGGAAAAGCAGCGCAUUCGACUGGAGCGACAAGCAGAUUUUGAGAUGCAAAAGGCGCUCGAGGAGGAAUACCGAAAGAUUCAGACGGUCUCUUCAAGCACAGAACCUCAAGGGUCAAGUGGAUGA